UUGUUUCGUGCUGUUCGGGUCGGCGGUGGGGGUGUGAACUGGAGUGAACCGGCAAAAGAAAAAAGAACGGAGCAGGGUCCACUUCAACACCGCCUAAAAAUAAGCGACGGUCUGGAAAUCGUUCCAGCUGGCAGUUCCCUGCGCUAGACAGAGCGUAUGCACUUGUGCGUUGUCGUUGAGGUUUGAGCUGUAUUUAUUUUGGUUGUUUCAGUGGGGCAUUUUUGCUUGUUCGCCGUGUUUCGGGGAAGCAAGGUUUAGUUUUAGUCUCAAUGUUCUGCGGUCAGACCCUUGAGUUUUGGGAAUGAUUGACGCGCGUUGCGAUUCGGGCGUUUUAUGACAUGCGUCAAGCGUGCGUGUGCUCCGAUCUUACCGUAAUCGCUAAACUCUCAAAAACAACAACAAAAAACCCAACAUUUUUCACGCAUUAUUUUUCUUCAUCAACCGGCAAGCUCAGCUUGUGAAGAAAAAAAAGAAGUAGAAACGAGCAAAUUGUGCAAGUUCAUUUUCUUGUUGGCUGAAUCAUCGCCAAGCAUGUUUGACUCAGUGUCGCGCUUUGAACAACAUACAGCUCGGCUUUGUUUGCAGCACCAGCACAUAUCAGGCUGCUUUCCUCACACAAUGCAUCUAACCCAUUUGUUUCCUCCACUUUCGCUUGGAAAUCGUCUUCAUUUUGGCGUGUAACUUGCCAUCUGACCAUCACAGCACUGGGCAGGCGACUGUUGAGAUAAUACGCACACGACACAUUCACCCAAGUGAUUUGCCGACAAUUUCACUACGCCAAGACCAACAAAUGGCCAAGAAAAGUCACUGGUAUCUCUGUUGACUCGUCUGAGAUAAGCUCGAAGAGCACCGAUAAGUUCUGCUACGCUCUUCCGAUCACUCCAACAACGAACCAAUCUACCUGCCUGCAUGCCUGUUUUCAUUGCACGUUAGGCCUGCAAGUUCCUCUGUUAUGCUGUUCUGACCACUCCAAUAGCAGAUCAGUCUACCUGCGUGCAUGCCCGUUGUUUUCGUUGCACACUAGACCGACUUUGUUCUUGGACUGGCUCGUAUUCACCUGUAUUCCGAGACGUUUCGCCGCAUGACCUCCCUCAUCGUCGUCCCUCACUCGAUGGCACCGCUUUGUUGCCGGGGUUGUGCAACUGACUUCUCUCCUUCUCUUUCCUCGUGCGCGUUCGUGAUCGACUAAAAGCUACCCAACAUGCAAGCCCCCGAGCAUGUUCCGAUGCUGGGUUUUGCGUCCGGACCUGCUGAAGAAGACGACGACAAGACUUCCGGGGCCAGCGAACAUGCCGCGGAGGGCGGGGAGCACCGUUUCAUCCACAUCAACAGCCCGCAGAAGCUCAAGUUCUGCAGCAACCACAUCUCAACUGCAAAAUACAACUUCAUCUCCUUCCUCCCCAAGUUCCUGUUUGAGCAGUUUCGGCGGUACGCCAACGUGUUCUUUCUCUUCAUCGCGCUGCUACAGCAAAUACCCAAUGUUUCUCCGACGGGACGCUACACGACGGCAGUUCCGCUUGUGUUCAUCCUCCUCGUGUCUGCACUCAAAGAAAUCGUGGAAGACUUUAAACGACACUUAGCUGAUGAUGCCGUUAACAAGAGCGUAGUUUUAGCGUUGCGGGACGGGGAGUGGAAGGGCGUCAAGUGGACGCAGGUGACCGUGGGAGACUUCGUGAAGAUCACCAGUGGGCAGUUCUUCCCCGCAGACCUCAUCCUCCUGGCUUCCAGUGAGCCUCAGGGAAUGUGCUACAUUGAGACUGCCAACCUCGAUGGAGAAACCAACCUCAAAAUACGGCAGGGUUUGCCCCAGACUGCGGAGAUGCUAACCACCAAGGACCUGAGGACCAUGAGCGGCUAUGUGGAGUGUGAACUGCCCAACCGGCACCUCUACGAGUUCACCGGAAACAUCAGAGUGAACAACCUGAAGACCCUUCCACUGAGUCCUGACCAGAUACUCCUUCGCGGGGCCAUGUUGAAGAACACGACUUGGGUGUUUGGCUUUGUCAUCUACACUGGCCACGAAACGAAACUCAUGAUGAAUUCGACGGCCGCACCCCUCAAGCGUUCCACGGUGGACAAGGUCACCAACACGCAGAUCAUCAUGUUGUUUCUGCUGCUCAUUGUCCUGGCUUUGAUCAGCUCUGUGGCCAGCGAGCUCUGGACGUCGCAGCAUGCUGCCACCGACUGGUACCUGGGACUAGACGACCUGAGCAGCAAUAGCAACUUUGGCUUCAACUUCCUCACCUUCAUCAUCCUGUACAACAACCUUAUCCCCAUCAGCCUCCAGGUGACGCUAGAGAUGGUGCGCUUCAUCCAAGCGAGCUUCAUCAACAUGGACACGGAGAUGUACCACGAAGAGACAGACACUCCCGCCAUGGCACGGACUUCUAAUCUCAAUGAGGAGCUUGGCCAGGUCAAGUACAUCUUCUCGGACAAGACUGGCACUCUCACCUGCAACAUCAUGGAGUUCAAGCGCUGCAGCAUUGCCGGCCGCAUGUAUGGUUCCUUGGAGGACGGCCUCGACCCCAAGGAGAUCCACGACAUUCUCCAGAAGAAUGCGCCCGCGUCGGCGUACGUCCGGGACUUCUUCACUCUGAUGGCAGUGUGCCACACGGUGGUUCCCGAGACAGACGUGGACUACCGCACCAUCCGCUACCAGGCCGCGUCCCCAGACGAAGGGGCACUGGUGAAAGGGGCACGCGACACCGGCUUCGUCUUCACCACGAGGACUCCUCACUUCGUCAUCAUCAACGUCCUUGGUGUGGAGGAGAAGUACGAGAUACUCAACGUCAUCGAAUUUACGAGCACUCGCAAACGGAUGUCUGUCAUUGUGCGAACGCCACAGGGCAAGAUAAAGCUGUUCUGCAAAGGGGCCGAUACUGUGAUUUACGAGAGGCUAGGCAGCGAGAGCCAGAGCUUCAAGGACAUCAACUUGAAACACCUGGAAGAGUUUGCCUCUCAAGGACUGAGGACCCUGUGCCUUGCUCAGGCGGAGAUUUCUCCGGUCUACUAUGAGGAGUGGAAAGCCUCGUACCAUAAGGCCGUGACGUCGAUCCAGUUCAAGGAGCGCAAGAUUGACGAUGCGGCGCAGCUCAUUGAAACGAAUCUGUCACUCCUGGGAUCAACCGCCAUUGAAGACAGGUUGCAGGAUGGCGUCCCAGAGACGGUGGCAGACCUGCUCAAGGCGGACAUCAAGAUCUGGGUCCUGACAGGCGACAAGCAAGAGACGGCCAUCAACAUCGGCUACUCGACGCACCUCAUCUCCCAGUCGAUGCCGCUUCUAGUCAUCAACGAAGACAGUCUAGACGCCACGAGGGAAGCCAUCCGGAGGCACGUCCACGACUUCGGAGAUCUGCUCGGGAAAGAGAACGAGCUGGCUCUCGUCGUGGAUGGAAAAACGCUCAAGUACGCCCUCUCCUCGGACGUGCGACGAGACUUCGUGGACAUUGCGCUUUCCUGCAAAGUCUGCAUCUGCUGCCGGGUGUCCCCAAUGCAGAAGGCAGAGAUUGUGGACAUGGUGAAGAGUUCAACACACUGCGUCACGCUCGCCAUCGGAGACGGCGCCAACGACGUCGCCAUGAUUCAGUCUGCUCACGUGGGCAUUGGAAUCAGCGGCAUGGAGGGACUGCAGGCGGCGUGUGCAUCGGACUACUCCAUCGCGCAGUUCCGGUUCCUGCGUCGCCUGCUCUUUGUUCACGGCGCCUGGAACCACAACCGGAUGUGCCGACUCAUCCUCUACUCAUUCCACAAGAACAUCUGCCUUUAUGUUAUUGAGCUGUGGUUUGCGGCCGUGAGCGGCUGGUCCGGGCAGACUCUCUUCGAGAGGUGGUCCAUCGGCAUGUACAACGUGAUGUUCACCGCGGCUCCUCCACUUGCCAUCGGCCUGUUCGACCGGACAUGCAGCGCGGAGGUGAUGAUGAAGUACCCUGCACUGUACAAGUCCUCUCAGAACGCAGAAGGAUUCAACGCCAAGGUUUUCUGGGUGUGGAUCUUUGACGCCAUCUACCAUUCCAUCAUCCUGUUCUGGUUGACCAUGCUUGGCAUCAAGCAGGAUGUGGCCUGGCCAAAUGGAAGAGACGGGGGGUACCUCAUGUUUGGAAAUCUGGUCUAUACGUAUGUUGUGGUGACGGUGUGCCUCAAGGCUGGCCUGGAGAUGAACUCCUGGACCUGGCCUGCCCACCUGGCCAUCUGGGGCAGCAUAGGCAUGUGGAUUGUGUUCUUGCUCAUCUACUGCAACGUCUGGCCCGUGCUGCCUGUAGCUGCCGACAUGGCCGGACUGCAUAUAAUGAUCUUCUCCUCUGGAAUUUUCUGGAUGGGGCUGAUCAUAAUCCCUUUCAUGGCACUUCUGGCUGACAUCAUCGUUAUUGUGAUUAAGAGGUCGUGCUUCAAGUCGCUGACGGAGGCGGUGCGGGAGAGCGAGAUAGCUCACGCAGAUCCGGGGCCAGUCAUCCUUCGCGGAACAAAGCAGAAGCUGACCGAGACGGCGCGGCUUCUCAAGAACGUCUUCAUGAAGCCAGUGACGACGGCUCAUGUUCCCAUUGAAGUGGAGCUCAAACAUGGUUAUGCAUUUUCCCAAGAAGAGCACGGCGUAGUGCCUCAGGCUGACCUUAUCAGAGCUUACGACUCGACGAAGCAGAAACCACAAGGCAUCUGAAGCGUCUGGGAUGCCUUCCUGAAGCACAUUCCAGGUCCCCGAAUCUGCUACGCUUCGAAUGCUAUGCCACCCUUAAGGCCUUGCAGAGAGACCAGCUGUAAAUAAUGCAUUGCUAGCACGGUGCACAUGUGUGCAUUUCAAUCCUCCUUUCUAUUGCACAUGUCCGUAUAACCAUCCGUUACGGGGGGUGGUGUUUGUUUAACGUAUACACGUGAAUGCAAGAGCUUUCCAAUGUCAGGCUUGCCACAAUGUUUUUUGUGCUUUACCAAAUACUAAGUUAAUGUUUUUCCUUUUUUGUUUAAUUGUUGUUAUUUGCCAUUUCUUUUUGCUCCACAUUCCACUCAGACAUGGUAAAAGUGGCUGACAAAAACGUUUAGCUACUGAUGGCAAACUGUCUGUACCAAAGACCCAUUUGUGUUGUGCAUGCAGUAGUUGCACUGUUGUGUACCAUUUUAUAGGUGUACCCAGUACAACAUAUACUUAUAUAUGACAAGCGGCUGGGCACACUGUGGAAUUGUUCUGUAUGGUAUUGAGGGCACUUAUUCCGAUAUAGUAGUCAACUGUGUGUAAACAAAAUACCAAAGAUUAAUGAUGUACUAAAUGUGAGUGAACUGGGUAUUGAAGAUUACAGAAUUGAAUAAGUGUGCAUUAAUACAACCGGGGUGCAGUACCUAAGGUACCACUUUUGGUUCAGAGGCAAGCCACCAAAGAUAUUGAACUGUUGUAAAUAUCCUUUUUCCGUACCAAGGAUAUCAAAGGUUGGGUCAGCUGCGCAAGAAUGAAGUUAUAUUUCGUGUAAAAGGAGGAAGCUUUACCCAAAGAUUUAAACUCAAUUAUAUUACAAGAAUUGUUACACAAAUGGAAUAAUGUGUGUGUGUGUGUGUGCGUAUGUACAAAACAAUAACCAAUUGUCGCUAUACUUACCUAUAUUAUCAUCUCCUUGGAGUGGGCUACAGUAGGACAGCUCCUUUGCAGACCACCUGUUUAGCGUAAACUCUGACUGAAGCAUGAAGUUAUUUUACUGACCCUUUGCACGAAGUACUAUUGCGCGCUAAGGACAGCGAAUUCAUUUCAUAGGUGGCAACAAUUUGUAAUGGAAAAAAAAAACUGACCUCUAAAUUUGUGUUGUAUUUGCCUGGAUGCCAAGGGGUACACUGUAGUCAGAUCUUCCGGACGCAUAUUUGACAUGUUUGUACAGUGCUGAUCACACUUGUCUAUAACGCAAGAGCGCGCGUGGCUGUCUCCGGCGAGCGCCAGACUGGUGGCAUUGGCGGCAACUAAUCUGGACACGUGGCCAACGUUGAACGGUCCUAACCUCUCGUUCCGUGGCGCUCGAGCCGUGUCCUAACCACGGUCCCAAACUCUCGAUCGGGCAAGAGGCUGCUUGAACGCUUCGCGCCUACUUUGUUUUGCAUAUCGGUUGCACGCUAUCGUGCGCAUAUCAACAGAGAGUUUUUGCAGACCGUUUUCGCCGUCCCACAAUGCUCUCCGCAACCCGCUCGGUACCCGGAACUCCACAGUCUCCAGGCCACCGGCGCGCAGGCGCAGUAGCGGCUUCUUCGUUACGGAGGGCUUCGCGGAGGGGGAAACGCGGCCUACGAAAACUCCCUAAUAACUCUCUUCUCCCCGCAUCUUGUUGAUAAGCUCUGCAUUUUUGUUCUCUAUCGCUACGGCGGCGUUAGCGAAGAGCACGCAAGCAGCCUUUUACACGGUAAGCGGCGCCCCACAUCGAGUGGGCAGGACGGCAGGACACUUCUCGGGUGGACGCGUUCCAUGUUACCCACGUGACUAGAUUAGUUGCCGCAAAUGUCGCCAGUGUAGCGCUCGCCGGAGAAAGCCGCGCGCUCUGUAAUUAGCGUUCGUUGACCACAUAUGAAGAAUCUAUGUAGAUGCGCAGUAGUGCGUCUUAGUAAUGCUGGUGAAAGCUCUUCUAGAAGUCGCAAACAAAGUUUUUGGUGUGGUGUACCCGCUAGGUUAUAUCCCAAUCUUGCGUAUGGUCCUAGUUGCGAGUCGCGUGUCUAUGCCGACUUCCGGCUGAAAUCGUUCACGAUCGAAACGUGCGACAAAGCAAGUGUGUAUUGCUAGGCUCGAAAUUUCGAGCAAGUAUGCCUCAGUUUAGCACUUCUUGCCUAGCAGGAAAGGAGGUGAAACCCACUGCGGUAAAAAGAAACAAUCUUGAUCUAUCUGUGAUGUUGAAGGUGACAUUAAAAGUGCUACGGUUGCACAUGGUUCAGUCGACGCUUCUACGCGGUUGUGUGCAUGAGCGACUCUGUCAUCGAGAGCCGAAGUCAGUGUAGCUUUAAAUAUCUUACGAGUAGACAGUAGAGGCUAUAGAAGUAAACGUGAGCUGAAGUAUCUAUAAAAACGAAAAGAAAAACAUAACGCGCUUGCAGUGCUUUUAGCACAAGCCUAAAACUUUCUGAAAUGCUGUGGUGUCGCAGUUCUUUGAACCCACUGCCAAGGUGACAACAAACGAGUGACGGUAAAUUUUGCCGGGCUAAAAAAAAAAAAAAAACUUGCCUUACUGUUGCUCUCCUAGUCUAAGCUUUGUCUUGAGUUGGGCUCGGAUCCUUUUUGCCUGCUGAACUGUGAAUGUGGCUGUCUGCAACGGGAGAUGCCCCAACCCCGAUGAAACUCAAAGAACGUAUAGUAUACAGUACUUAAUCUCCGGUUAUUUCCACUCGCAAAACUGCAUUUGGAAACCCGCUCAGCGUGGACGCGCGGGUAGAGGUGGUUUGUGGGAUCCUGAGCUUGCAGACGGCCGUUGCGUGAAUAUCUGUGUCUGUACGCAACAGCAGACGUGUUGUCGCGUGCUUGAAGACAUUCAACCAAGUACUCCCUCCAUGUAACCAGAGUAAAAUGUGUUCUCGGAGCAGAAA